GGGUCGAUGUACCUCUACUUAUCACUAUUCUUGCAGCACGUUUGUUUCAGUCUUCAGAGGUCUUCCUUUAAUCAGUGUGUUCUUCGUAUCAGCCGACUAACGGCUCUCGUAGAACAGUGCUCUGUAUUUUUUGGUGUUAUAUCAGGUGUUAAUCAUUUUAUGAUGGUGUAUCGAAUAGUUUUCCUGGUUGUUUUUCUCCUGGGAAAAUCACUCAGUAUAGAAAACCGAAUAAAUCAAAUCAAACCCAAGCAGCUUCUUUAUGCACCUGACAAUAGAUAUUCUGCUGGAAUCUUGGACUACAACUUCUUGAAUCCUCAACAACAGACUUUGAUUCCCCAGUAUAACUUUGCCGAUGCCAGAAACGCACUACCAAGGUUUCAACCCCAAUUUCUCUUUUAUGGAGCGAGUCCAGGACAACCUUUCCUUUUAAAUCCUGGUCAGCCACCUAACAACUUCCUAUUUCCACCUCCAGAAACUCCCCAAGGACCAGGAGUAAUCUAUAGGAACGCACCACAACCCCAACCAGGUAGACCAGUCUUCGUAGGACCUGGAAAUGCUGGUGGAUUUCCGAAUCAAAAACCAGCCUUCGUACCAGCCAUAGAAAAAGACGCUGAAGAAAUUCCAACGAAUCCUUCGAGAAUACCACCUUUCAAACCUAAAAAACCAGCAAGAAAACCAGAAAAAGUAGAAACAUUCGAAGAUACUCCAACUGCCACAGAAGCUGACGAUUUAGAAGGAAACCAGAGACCAAAAGCGCAACCCAAAACGCCGAAGACAAACACACUGGGCCCCAAACCCGGCCACCGCUACUUUUUCCUUAACGGUCAAUCUCUUUUCAACUAUCCAUUCUCCCUUUACCUACCACAAAAUGUAAACCCUGAAGACGUGCUCAGAUACUCCCAAAAUUAUCCAAAAUCUCGCCCCCAAGAGGUUCCUGUUCCGGUGAUCCCAGCACCACAGAACCCGGCCCUCCAGAAUCCUCAAUUUCAAGCCCCCAAUUUCCAAAACCCAGCUGUAUUCGACGGCUCUCAAUCCGAUCAGAAUAGAGCUAAUGGUUUCCCUUUGAACUUUGAUCCAUAUUUCCAAGGAAAUUUGCAGAAUGUCCAACCGCAAAUUCAGUACUUCCAAGAUAAUUUGCCGGUUAGCUAUCUGCAACCUCACGUACCUGCUGUGCAGUUCAAUCCCAAUCAGAACCAACAAGCUGCUCCUCUCGCUAGCAGUUCUCAAGGACAAGUUUACAUUUUGAACGAGAAACCUAACCAUCAAUCGGUAGAAGGGACGAAGAAUGAUAAUGAAAAUGAUCAGAGACAACCACCAACUACUUUACUCAGAUCUAUCUUGCCACUAAGUGUAACUCCCAAAGAAGGACAAAAUGUACAAAUAAGGGUAUCGACCAAAGACUUCAAUCUACAGCCUAUCAAAACUCAAGAAUACCCUCAAUAUUUAGAUGAUAUUGAGAACGAUUCUGUUAUAAUAGACGCAAAGUUUGAUGAUGACAGUAAGGAGAGUGAAGCUAUCUCAGUACCUGCUAAACAACCUCGAGAACCUAGUUUGGCUCAAGCAGAACCUGGAGCUAUUGCCUUAGCUGGAGUAGGAGGGGUUGCUGAAUCUGGUCCAAGAGCAACAGCUCUUGUGGGUAAAGAUGGUAUGGCCGUUUCUAGCCCCAAAGCUACGGCUAUAGCUGGGCCAGCAGACAAUGAAGAGAAAGAAGAAGAGGAACAGGAUUCUAAGAAAGAUCCCAAAAAAGAUAAAAAAGAAAAAUAUUUCAGGCAAAGAUUCAGGGGAAUUUACAUUUAAAAAGUAGAGUUACACUCAUCAAAUGGUUGACGGUUUGUCAACUUAAUGUACAAAGAAGUUAUGCGAGCAGAUGAGAUAUUCAUUAGAAAUGUUUCAUUAGUGAGUUGGUUUAUAUUAAUUAGAAAUAAUAGAUAUAAAUAAACCUAUAGGUGAAAAUGAGAUUGAAACUGAAGAAAAUAGUAUAUGGUUCCAACAAAAUACGAAUAAUUUUCAUACGUAUGUUUCACUAUACACAUCAUGAAAAAAGAAAGGCAAGAAUUGUCUAAGACCUUAUUAUUUUCAUCAUUAGUAUGCAUGCUGGCCCCUCUUUUCAUUUGAAGACAACCAUUUCUUCUGAGUAGGGCAUCAUUUGCAAUUCCGUAAAUACAAAGAAUUUCAUUCACAAUAUUGAGUGCAAUUGUGAUGCGUCGUUUAUAUUGAUCGAUGUGAAAUUAUGAAGACAUCAUUCAAACAUGUUUUUUCCAGAAUAACAGGUAGCUUAUGUUUAUUUCAGCUCAGAAAUAGGAGAAAUACUUAUAUAUUAUUGCAAUUAAGAAGGAAAAAUCUCACAAUGUGAAUGUCAAUAGAUAGUGAUGAUAAAAAUAACUGUUACUAGAA